AUGGCCGAUUCGGAUCAAGAAGAAACUAUUCAUGCCAGGAAACAGCGAUUGUCAUUGGUUCCUCGAGCAUGUGAAGGAUGUAGACUCCGCAAGAUUCGCUGCGACAGAUCGAAUCCCUGUUCCAACUGCCGCUCGCUGAAAAUCGCAUGCCAGAGGCCCGGUGAUCGCGCGGCAUGUCGCCCCAAGUCGGACCGAGUGCCACAACUACAAGAGCAUGUACAGCGACUGGAGGAGCGCCUUCGUGUAGUCGAGGAUGAGUUACUUAGCCGUAAAACUCCUGGAGCGGCCCCGGAACCUCGCCCUCAACCAGACUUUCGCACAGACACAGUCGCGGUGUAUGAGGGACCUUCUUCUUUUGCAACUCAGUCUAUACAAGCAACCGAGGCCUUCCACAAAACAACCUACUCGGACGGCAAUGUCGAUGCGUCUUUCCGUCGUCUUCAAGACCUUCUCCGACCAUCCACCACCUCUAAUGACUACCGGUUCUCUCGCAAUGUCGGCCCCCAACCAGCAGAGCAGAUGACACUGCUACCAGUCGAGCUCAUCCUGACUGUUCUGCGAAAGGUUAAAGUGCAACCCCCUGUUUUCCUCUCGUCAUAUCUCUUGAAUGAUGCAGACUGGGUAGAGCGGAUCUGUCAAAAGAUUUACUUCCCCACAGAGGCUGUCUCUCUGGGUGAACUUUCUAGUAUGCACGGGGUACUUUACAUUUUCCUGCGAGAAUUCAUCCUCCUAAGAGACCCGCUGUGUGACGCAUUUGAUCUCAAAAAGCACGCGGAAACGUGCCGGAAGAAUUUCAACUUAGGAAUCGAGUCAUAUGAGCUUCUGGUCGUGCCAAGGUUUGAAAAUAUUUUUGCAUUAGCCCUAGGGGGAAUCAUAUCCCAAGAUGAGGGCAAUCCUUUUCUAUCCUCUACAAUGUUUGGGGCAGCAGCAAGAAGCCUACAACUACUGGGGUACCACCGCGAGAUAAUGUAUCUGAACAGGCAUGCAGCCAACGCCAGAAACAUGCGCCGGCUGUUCUGGACAGUUUACACGUUUGAUCGGAACGUUUCCUUGCUCAUGGGGCGCGCCUCGUGCCUGCAAGAUAUUGAAAUCGACACCAGCCACCCGGAACUAUCUGCGGACCCCGCUGCUAGACCGUGGGAUGAGUCCUUCAUCAUGGGCAUCAAGAUGGCUCGGCUCCAAGGCCAGAUAUACAGUCGGCUCUAUUCUACAGCGGCGCUGGCAGGAGAUCCAGCCGAGCGAGCGCAGCACAUUAGAGAGUUGGCGACCGAAUUACACCAAUGGUUUUCCGAGUUAAAGGAGAUCGACGGAAGCCAAGUCAAUCACCCACAGAUCUAUCAGCUGUCGCGAAAGAACUGGGACAUUCUCUACUAUUCUAGUCUGACCUCCACGCUGCGAGCGUCAUCCGCAUCUGGAUCUGAAUCGGAGAUCAAUUCGGAUUGUUUCAAGGCAGCUCGUCUGGCUCUGCAUGGGCAUCUUGAUUGCAUGCCUGCUUACGAUGAAACGGGAUACCUUUCGAGCGUCGAGUAUGCGAAUUGGAUGCUGGCAUCGUCAUCUUUCACUCCCUUUCUCGUCAUUUUCCUGCACGCUACUUCCGCGACCAGCUGGUCGGAUUUAGAGCUUCUGGAUCAAGUGGUAUCCUCGAUGGAGCGCAUUCGUUCAGCGUCCCGGGCAUGCGAGCGCCUCUACCAAAUAUGUGCCACCUUUGCGCGGCUGGCCCGAGGUCUUAUGCAGACCCACAGCUCUCGUUUUGGGAUAUACACCGACGAAGAUGAUACUCUACGGUUCUUCAACGGCGUCGGACAAACGUCGAUCUUUCAUCCCGAGUCAAUCCAGGGAAUCCUUGACUCGGAAACGGUCGAUUAUUUGACAGCCGCAGAGGCCGACGACAUGACUUCCAUCCUGGGAAAUUGGGCGAGCGGACAGCCAUUAGGAAUGGAUCUCUUUGGCUUCAGCGAAUAG